GGUGGCGCUUUUUGGCGAGCGGGGCGGUGAUUCGCUGCGUUUGGCGAGGUGUUGUUUUCUGCUUUGGUCUGCGGCCUUUUAAAGCGUAGCUGUGAGCCUUAAGGAGCCGGGAGGUUCUCCGUCUGCAAAGAUUUGAGAAUUUGCUGCUGCUCGGAUCAGGGUGCGAUCGGUGCUUGCCGUUACUUUCCUGGUUCGCGCGGUUUUUACCAAGUUAAUGGGAAGGAGAAUCCUCUUCCCAGAGAGAAUCUGAAACUGGUUUUAGUCUGGAAAGUAAGCAGGCCCGAUUUUAAACUUUCACUGCGAAAUUACAAUUGAUGCACAUGGAAACGGCUGGGCAGUGUGAGAGGAAUUUGAGUUCCUUUUCCAAUCUCUUGAAAUACUCUCUAAUACAUCUUUUAUUUUCCAUUGAAAUGCUCUAGGGCAGUGGGGGGAGGGGCGAGCAGUUUUUCCCUUGCAUUUUCUGUUCGUGGGGACAAAUUGCCCGGGCCAGCAGCACCACUUUCUAUUCCUCUGGAAGGUUUUGAACCAGAAGUGAGUUGGCUCCUUAAACGUGUUGUAAGGAGCUAUCAGUCUCUGGGCUGUACUUGCUUUCUGUCUGUAAGGUGCAGACUUUGUGUCAUCUCUGUGGCUUUAGCAAUGUUUUUGGCAAAUGCAGCAUCAGGGUUAAGUCGUGUACCAAACCAUGGAGCGGUUCAGGUUGGAGGAGCCCUCUGAAGACAAUUGCUUCCAGCUCCUGUGUGCAGUUUGUGCUGGCAGCUGGAAGAGAACGUCACGCAGAACGUGUGAGCAGGGAGUUAGAUACAUGCUAUAAAUGUAUUUUACCAACUGCUUCAUUCAGCCAUGGUUGCUUAGAUUCAGCGAGAAGCUACUGUGUGUGUUCAGCUUGAUGAUACCAUGGGCUUCUCUGUUUCAGAUGGAGUUAAAUCAAUACCCAGUUUAAAAGUUUGUGAAUAAGCUGUCAGAACUUGAGAGCUGGAGGAAGUUGGUUGAGAGUUUUCUUUCUUUUUUAUUUUUAAAUUUUCUAUUUUAUUUUCACUUUUUAUGUGAAAAGAGCAUUUGGAAUCAAAUGUUUCCGCAAGCCCAACGUUAAUUUCCAUUUGAUGCUGUCACUUAGCCUUGUGUCACAGCCUUGUGCCUAACAUUGUUGCUUAGAAUGGUGGUUUUUCUGUGUCCCAGCAGUAAAGGAACUUGAAGAACAGGCGAAGCACUUGAGAUAAUUUGUGCCUAGGUAGUAUUUUUCAAGCAGUCCCUGCAAGGCUACUGAAAGCACAGCUGUUUACAGAAUCAUCUCUGGUGACCUCAGCUCAGCUUCUCAGAGGGGAGAAAAGGUUUGAUAUGUGUCUAAUUGUGCUGAGGAAACAGAAAAGCAAGAACUGCGUUGUGCUGCCUGCAAAGAGGUGAUGUUUGGAUACUGUGCUGUUUUGUGGGCUGUUUGAGAACACAGAGGCAAACUGGAGGAUUUGUGUGCACUGAAGUCCAUGUAUUAAUUGUGAUUGUCUGCUUCUCUUUCAGAUUGAAGCAAGUGAAUUCUGAUAUAACUCAGCUUUGUUAGAGGGCUUUUUUUUUUUAAAGAAAAAAAAAGUUGAUCCACAGUGCAUCAGAGCAAGUUACUACUUUACUUUUGAGUGACUUACAGGUGCUUGCCUGCAUUGCAAUAAAGGACUCAUAUAUUGAGCAAGACUUAUUUAUCUCUUCAUUUUGGAGAGUCUAAUAAACUGUUAUUACAGUUUCUGUACUGACUUUCAAAGUUUUGAAGUCUAAAAAGACAUCUUUAAACAUAGAAACAUGAGCACGGCCAGAACAGAGAACCCUGUUAUAAUGGGUCUAUCCAGUCAGAACGGGCAGUUGAGAGGCCCUGUGAAACCCAGCGGGGGCCCAGGAGGUGGAGGCACACAGACUCAGCAACAGAUGAACCAGCUGAAAAAUGCCAACACAAUUAACAAUGGCACCCAACAGCAAGCACAGAGUAUGACCACCACUAUUAAACCUGGCGAUGACUGGAAGAAGACUUUAAAACUCCCUCCAAAGGAUUUGAGAAUCAAAACUUCUGACGUGACCUCCACAAAAGGAAAUGAGUUUGAAGAUUACUGUUUGAAACGGGAGUUGCUGAUGGGAAUUUUUGAAAUGGGCUGGGAAAAGCCAUCUCCUAUUCAGGAGGAAAGCAUCCCCAUUGCUUUGUCUGGUAGGGAUAUCUUGGCUAGAGCGAAAAAUGGAACAGGCAAGAGUGGAGCCUACCUCAUUCCCUUACUUGAACGGCUAGACUUAAAGAAGGACAACAUACAAGCAAUGGUGAUUGUUCCCACCCGUGAACUAGCCCUGCAGGUCAGUCAAAUCUGUAUCCAAGUCAGCAAACAUAUGGGAGGUGCCAAAGUGAUGGCAACAACAGGAGGAACCAAUUUGCGAGAUGACAUAAUGAGGCUUGAUGAUACAGUGCAUGUGGUGAUAGCUACCCCUGGAAGAAUUCUCGAUCUCAUCAAGAAAGGAGUAGCAAAAGUUGAGCAUGUCCAGAUGAUAGUAUUGGAUGAGGCAGAUAAGUUGCUGUCUCAAGAUUUUGUUCAAAUAAUGGAAGACAUUAUUCUCACGCUACCUAAAAACAGACAGAUUUUGCUCUACUCAGCCACUUUCCCUCUGAGUGUACAGAAGUUCAUGAAUUCCCAUUUGCAGAAACCCUAUGAGAUUAAUCUGAUGGAGGAGCUGACCUUGAAGGGAGUCACCCAGUACUAUGCCUAUGUAACUGAGCGUCAGAAGGUUCACUGCCUCAAUACGCUGUUUUCCAGGCUCCAGAUCAACCAGUCGAUCAUUUUCUGCAACUCCUCUCAGCGGGUUGAAUUGCUAGCCAAAAAGAUCUCCCAGCUGGGCUAUUCCUGCUUCUAUAUCCAUGCUAAAAUGAGGCAGGAGCAUCGCAACCGUGUGUUCCAUGAUUUCCGAAAUGGCUUAUGCCGCAAUCUUGUUUGCACUGAUCUGUUUACCCGAGGUAUUGAUAUCCAAGCUGUGAAUGUGGUGAUAAACUUUGAUUUUCCAAAGCUGGCAGAGACUUAUCUCCAUCGUAUUGGCAGAUCAGGUCGUUUUGGACAUCUCGGCCUGGCCAUCAACUUGAUCACCUAUGAUGAUCGAUUCAACCUGAAAAGUAUUGAGGAGCAGUUGGGAACUGAAAUAAAACCCAUACCAAGCAACAUUGACAAGAGCCUUUACGUGGCAGAAUACCACAGUGAACCUGUAGAAGAUGAGAAACAGUAACCAUGCUUUGACUACAUAUGCCAGAAGGUGAAGCCCUUUGAUCCACAUCUGUGACACAUCAUUUCUCUGGGGAUACCCUUCUCUUUGUGGGUUUUUCUUCGUCUUUUCAUUUUGGAACUAUGAAGACUAAAGAGCUCGGCCUUUUUUCUUUUUAAAUUUGGCAGCAAGGAAGAAAGAAGAUGAAAGGAGGAAUGUCUUUUUGUUUUUCCACUUGUUUGCACUGUGUGCUGAUUGAACAUUAGUUGCACUAACUGCUGGUUUUAAAUUUUUUUUCUUUGGGUGGGAGGGGCAGCAAGGGAAGAAGAGAAACCCUGAAAAGAGAAGAAUCUUUGAACACGAGCUUGUCUGCGAUUUCAAAUUCUCCAACCAUCGACUGAGUGCAUUUCAACUUCUCCCUGGUUACUCAUCUGUUUUUAAGCUAAAGAGCUUGUUACUUAUUCGUGCAAAGUGCCUUAUGCUAUGAGACCAUUCAGAAUAUCACCUUUCCGACACAGCCCGAGGAAUCAACAGCCGUUUUUGGUUUCAGGUCAAAGUUCCCCUCUCUUCCCCCUCUCUUCCUCUCCAAGUACUCGAGGCCAGGGCUGUGAGGUGAAACUUAUUGGUAAUACUAUUUUGUCUUCUAACUUUUUUUUCCUUUUUUUUUUUUUUUAGUUUGGAGGAGUUGAUAUGCAUCUGCAGUUCACCCACACUGUAAAUACCUGUAUUUAAAACAAAACCAACUUAAAAUCUGGGCUGAUUAGGUGCAGCAUCGUAGCUCCAGAAGGAAAGAGUAGCCUGUCAUCUCUUGCAGGAGCCAUAAGAAAACCCCUAUGCUCUAGCAGAACACUAAAGACUGGUUACCAUAAGUCUCCAUUAGUAGUUCCAGCACUUGAUAUGUAGACUUGUUUCAGAGCCGUGGCCCUCUUUCCUCUGGUGCAGUGUGUCCCAUAGAAAAUCAGAUGUGUAUAUUGUACAAACUUUGUAAAUAUUUUUUUUUUCCUGUUUGGGUUCAUAUAUAACUUCUUGUUCUUUUUUUUUGAUGAAGGUUGCUGGGGUUAAAGGGAUUUGAUUGAUUAUGGGAGCAGCUAAAGAUGAGAGGGGCUCAGUUUUCUGCAACACUAAGCGAUGAGAAAUGCUCUGAGCAGGGCAGGCUCCACGUGUGCCCCUGGUCAGGGUGGGCUUGCUCUGGUGUUAGCAACACUGUCUGUGCCACUCGUGUGGAAGAGAUUAUUUGCAAGGCUCUGAGGUCUCAGAAGUCUGUUGCUUAGCUUGUUUGAGACGCUCUUCAAUUUUCCCCUUAGAAACUUCAGGAACUUUGCAAGCUCUGAAGGGUGCCAUGAGCUGCGUUCUGCGUGGCACGAGGGGGAUCCAGCGGGUGUCAGCGUUGCUGAGCAGGACGUGCAUAAGGUGUGGAUUUGGGUUUAAAAGAAACCAUAGGAAACUGAGAUGCAUAAACGGACAGUUCUGGAGCUCGAUGGGAAUGAUUGAUUUCCUGCAGCAUUGCGUAUUUUCUGCCCAACACGACCUCAGUACAGACUUCUGGUGAGCAGGAAGGGCAAAGCCCUGUGAGUGUCAGGAGCUGCAGAAAGCUGCUUGCCAUCUGCUCUGUUUAGGCACGAAUUGCUGUCUGUCACUGCGUUGUAUAUUGCUGGAACACGCUUUCUGGUCAAACGGUGUUGCUUUAAAUUGUGCCCCUCCCAACAUGCUUGAUGUUUGGCCUGAUCUCCAGGCAAAAGGAGUGAGACAAAUCAAACUGUAAACUUUUAAAAUUCCCUUUUAGCCUGUUCAACAACAGCGUCAGGAGGCACCUGGACGAAUGCAAUCCCU